AUGUUGACUUCACUAGUUUUGAUUUUAAUAGCAAUAAUUUACUGGUGGAUUAAAAACAGUUUUUCCUACUGGUCCCGUCGAGGUGUUCCUCAUAAAAAGCCUUCGUUUCCGUUUGGGAACCUGGAAGGGUUUGGUAAAAAGCCAAUCUUUUCAAUGCUGUCGGAAGUUUAUAACCGUUUCAAAGUUGCUGAAAAAAAGUUUGUUGGAAUGUAUUAUUUUCUAAAGCCGGUGGUUCUUGUGCAUGAUUUGGAUUUUGCCAAGGAUGUUUUGGUGAAGGAUUUUCAGCAUUUCCACGAUCGAGGAUUUUACCAAAAUGAAAAGGGCGGAGAUCUAGUCUCGUCCAAUCUGUUGGCACUUGUAGGCGAUCGAUGGCGGAACGCAAGGAAUAUUUUAACUCCUACUUUUACUGCGGGCAAAAUUAAGUUAAUGUUUCCCCUUAUGGCAGAAAUCGGGGAGAAACUUUCGACACAAAUGAUUAAGGAAACAGGUGAAGGUGCUAAACUAGAUAUGAGAGAUAUUUGUGCAAGAUUUACUACCGAUAUGAUUGGAAGCUGUGCAUUUGGGCUAGAAUGCAAUUGUUUGCAGGAUCCUGGGUGUAUAUUCCAAGAAAUGGGGCGACGUACAACUGCACCAACGUUGAUGUACGUAUUUACGAAUAGUUUUCCUAAGUUGUCAAGAUUUUUCAAUAUCAAGAUGAUCGAGAAGGAGGUAGAAAUGUUUUUCUUGGAUACUAUUAAAAGUACAAUCAAGUAUCGAAAACAAAAUAAAAUCCAAAGGGAGGAUUUUCUAGAUACUUUAAUAAAACAUGGCGUCAAGGAGGUAAGUGAUGGAGACAAAUGCAUGGGUUGGCAAAUCCGUGAAAUCGUAUCCCACAGUCUGAUAUUUUUCAUAGCUGGAUAUGAAAAUGCUACCGUAAUCAUGGCUUUGUGCUUGUACGAACUAGCUCUCAAUCAAGAAAUUCAGGAUAAAGCUCGUGAAAAUAUUCGUCAAAUCUUGGCAAAACAUGGAUCCGUCUCUUAUGAUGCCUUGUUAAAAAUGAAAUACCUCGAGAAUUGUAUCAACGAAACAUUGCGGAAACAUCCUCCACUUCCGUUAACGGCGCGAGAAGUCACUAAAAGCUAUCAUAUACCGGAUAUGGACGUAACCCUUGAAGAGGGAACGCGAGUUUUGAUACCCAUCCAUGCAAUCCAAAAUGAUCCACAGUACUAUGCAGAUCCUGAACGAUUCGACCCGGAUCGAUUUGAUCCGGAAAAAAUGGUCACCUGGCACCCGUUGCAGUUUAUUCCGUUCGGUUACGGUCCUCGUAAUUGCAUUGGUUUCCGGUUCGGUAUGAUGCAGAUGAUUCUUGGGUUGGCAAACAUGCUCGAUCGAUUCCGAUUUACCGUUUCCGACCGAACUCCGGUGCCGCUUGAAUUCGAUUCGACUAAAUAUAUCGUGACCAGUUUUGUCGGUCCCAUGUGGUUGAAUGUGGAAAAUGUUCAAAAAUGA